AGCCGACACAGUGCUCGUUGGAUGCUUUGAGUGCGUUGUACGUGAUUUCUUUUGUUUGAUUAAUGUUUCGAAACUAUAUUAUUACUGAGAACACCUGUAGAUUUUAUUGAAAAUUAUUUAAUCCACUAAUAGGUAAUGUUUAUUAUAGUCAAUCAUAAAGUUCACUGUGAUUCGGUGAAAGUUGAAAUUGAACUCUACUUUGAGGCCCCGCUUAAGGGGCAAACUUUCAAGGCACACGCCUAAGACCUUUUAACAGUAAUUCAGGGCGGUAUUUCAAAUUUUAUCUCUAUAUAUAACAUGCGGCAAAACUGAAGUUUAUCUAGAUGUAUUUAAACGCUUGAGCCGGUGUAUUUUUGAAAUAUUUAGAACUAAGGAAAUUUUCAAAACAUUUCGGAGCUUUCAGGUUCAACUACAUUAAUAUCGGGUUCUUUUAACACAUAAACCGGUAAAAUCGGUUCAGUUAAAGUAGAGAUUGUUUUUGGUCAAACAAAAAAAAAAAACACAUAAUGAAAUCAUAAUCUCCUCGGCUUCAUUUCGAAACUAAAAAUAAUUAAUAUGUGGGAUGAUAAUAAUAUGACUGAUUCAGCAAAUAAUACAUCCACAACAGUUAUACAAUCUAUUUUAAGUACAACCAUGAUGUCCAAUGAUCCAUUGUCUGAUAGCGAUGCUGUGUCACCGGUAACAUUAAGUGUUGAAUGGAGCAGAGUAGCAAGAUUACUAAUCAUGAUUGGACUGUCGGUUAUUGGUAGUAUAGGUAAUGUCUACAUGAUAAGCUCGGUCAUGAUUGAAGAUCACUUAAACAAAAGAGGUAACACUUUUUUAGCAAAUGUAGCAUUAGCUGAUUUACUGAUCAGUGGAUUAGUUAUUCCUGCAUCGGCAAUAGUAAUACUUGCUGGCCUACAAGAUUCUCCUCCAGUGUGUCAAUUUCAGUGGUUCAUUUCUAUACUUAGUUUUCUGGUAACUGUGAUGACUAUGAUAGCAAUAGCGGGUGAAAAUUACAUCCGACUGUGCCUUUCGCCUGAAUGUUAUGCUAAACUAACUGUGACAAAAAUUACCAUUUUGUUAUUUGCUAUUUGGAUUUUAAGCUCCAUUUUAGUUACCCUUCAAUUUUUUUAUCAGUUAGGACCAAACUACUGUGCAAAAAAAAUAAGCGGCAUCAUACCUAUUCAAGUAUUAGUGGCUGGAAUGCUAGUGUUAUUGCCAUUGUGCAUCACUGCUGCGCUGUAUCUACGAAUAACUUACCAAGUACACGUGGCUAGAAUGAACCCGAGUUUCAAGCCGCCUCUUGCGUUCAACUGGGAUUAUUCAUUAAUGUUGGCAAAUGCAUAUAGCUUCAUCAUGUUCCUCAUUUUUUGGUCGCCGUUUGCAAUAGUUAUGGCUCUGGCGUCAGCACAAAAGGUGUCUGCGCAAGUAUUCUACAAUCUAGCAUGGUUAGCACUAAGUAAAUCGUGCUUUAAUAAUUUACUAUAUUGUGCGGGUAACAGACACUUCCGGAAUGCUUAUGUCAACCUGUUUCAUUAUUGUUGCUGCAAGACGACAGUUACUUUCUCUAGACGAGCGCGGGACGGUGCCAGUCGUCCAUCUGGGGAUGUUCGUGUACAUAUUAUUCCAGGCUACAACAUGUACUCAUACACUAGUCCCACUAGAUCUAGAGAAUCUGGGUCUUGUCCGUUACAGAGUCGUCCCCGAACUAGAGCUAAUGGAAAUAGGGACGUUUAUGAACUAUAAAUUUUAAAACUAUUAUAAUUAUAUUUAUUAUAAAGCAAUAUACUAUUGCUGUAAAAGUUUGUUAUUUUACACUUUUUACCGUCAUUACCAAACGGCUCAUUAUAAUCUAUUUUAAAGUAUGCUAAGCGUUUUAAGUCAGUUUGUACUAGCUCUAUUUUUAAUCGAUAAAGACCAAAUUUUAUUAAAAUUUUAAUUUAACGCAUGCCGAUUAAAUAUGUGCCAUUUUUUUAAACUUAAAUAUAUUUUUAUCGCUUUUUAUAAGUAUGUGAUGUGAUUUAUAUAAACUUUGUAUAUGAUGUAUCAACCCGUAGACUAAUCUGUGAUGUAUGUUAUACGUCAAGGAUUUAAAGAUAAUAUCACAUUUAAUAAUUGUGCCGUUACUUAUAUAAAUAUUGAUAAUCUUUAUUCAUUUUAGUGAACUUAUGAGCAAACAAAUUCAUGUAUUCUAGUUGUAAUUUACAAGGUUAUUAUUUUGUCUAUAGGGUUUUCUUUAAUAACUUUAAAGUCUUUUACUUUGUUUCAACUUGUAUUUAGAAUAUUGUUGAAUGUAUUCUAUUUGGAAUCCUGCAAAAUUUAACGCAGACAUUGGGUACAUAUCACACUGUCAAACUAAAAGAACACAAUUUAAAGUAAAUAAAUUUUGAUACUUAGUUAUACUCAUACAUGUUAAAAAUUAUAAAAAUAAAGUUGAAAACAAUGUAACUUUUAUGGGAGUUCGAAACUAUGUUUAAUAGUUUCUACGAAACUAUGAAAAUUUGAAUGUUUUUUUUCAAGAUGUGACCGUCUAGUUUUGACAGUGCGAUAUUAGUUCUAAGUUUUGAAAGUGAACUUAUGUACAUAUAUUAUGUAUCAUAAUUACUUAAUCAGAGGCUUUUAGGGGACUGAUUCCCUUGCCUAUAACGACGGCCAAAAGCAUUCACUUUAAAAUUAUUUCGAAAUGUAUUUACAGUAAAAUCUUCUUAUAUUGAACGUUGCUCUGACGAUUUUUUCUUUUUCCCUUAGAUUUUAUUUAAGAUAUUUUUUUCAAGUUUAUAAAACCAGAGUUUGGUUGGGUUUUACGUUUUAAGCGUGUUUAAAACAACAAAAUUAUCAAAAUUUACACAUUUAAAAUGAUUAACUACUCAUUGUUUCAUCAAUGAAAUACUCAAAAUGAAUUUAAUUAUAUAAUUUACGUUCAUUAUGUCUAAGAAAAUAGUUCUAGAGAAACACAUUGAUUAAAUGAAAAUAUCAUAGACAUGAACGUUUUUGAAUUUAAAAGAAAUUUCAAUUCAUAAGUUAGAAGCAAAUAUUUUUAUAUUACGUAAGGUAUAAUCUAAAAUAGAAACGUCAAUCGUCGCCGGAAAUUAGUAUUAAGUAGGAAAAUAUGAUACGCGAAAAGCCGUACUGUAUGCGUCGUCAUCUGUCAAUCAUUUAUGUGUUAUGAGUUAGAAACUAGCAAAGUAUAUUUAUACUGAAGUCCAUAUAAUAUGUAGGAAAAAGUCUGUUAUUCAUUUGUUUCAUAAUGAAAUUGACUUUCUGAAGGAUUUUGGCUAAGCCAGACUCAUUGAUAAAAUUAGAACACUAUCACAAACCUUUUGACACAAACUGUCAUUCUAUGUAAGAAGAUUUAUUUCAAAUUACAAACGAUAAAACAGUUUAAUACAUUGGACUUAUUAAAUAUUAAAAAUAUAAAUAUGAAUAGUUAAUACUGUCAUUUCAAUAAUAAAUUAAAGUUAUACUUAAACAUUGAUGGGAAUAGGGCGAGAUGGAGAACUAAGUAAGCUUAUUGGAAAUAAAACCAUCUAUUAAAAACUUAUUUUUGUUUGUUAAUUAUUAAUAUUACACAUUUUUAACAUAAGUAUAUUUUAUGCUUGGUGUUCAAUAAUUAAGGAAUCAGGUAAAUUAUAAUAAAUAAUGAAAAUGAUUUUCUUCAGUGGCGUUAUUUCAGUUUUAUUUAGUGUGUAAUCUUUUAUUGAGCCACCUUGCUAUAUCUUUUACGAUUAUACUAUUUUUUUAACAAAAUAGGGUCGUCAAAUUUUUUUUUAUACUUUUAUGUUGCAUGAAAGAUAAUUUCAAUAAAAUAAAUAAACUUUAUUAUUAUUUUUUAGAUUUAUAUUAUUUAAAACAAAUUUUAAUGUUUAGUAGAAAUUUUAAAAUAAAUUAUAUGCUUAAGAAAUAGUUAUCAUUAAAAAUAACAAACCUUUUGGAUAAUAUGCACACGUAAGUUAUAGUAAAAAUGUAUGAUACAUUAAUAUGAAUAAGUAAAAACACUAAUAGUAUAACAAAUAAAACAUUACAAUUAAAGAAUAUCUACUACUUUUCAUUUUAGCGAAGACAUCCACAGCUUUCAAUAAAUCAAUAUUAUUUGGUAUAUCUUAUUUGAACUACAUUAUUUAAUUCAUCAAAAAUAUUAUUUUAUAAUUUGUAAUUUUAAUAUUUAAUAGUUUACAUUUUUAUUGAUGUUUAAUUCAUCAUCAAUUUUCUUGGUUUAUCAAAUAUGUAAUUAGAAAUUCCAUGGAAUGAAGAAGCAGCAGCUAUCAAAUUUUUAGUUUUCACUUUAAGACAGUACCUCUUUUUGUUUAUCAUUCAACAUUAUUUAAUCAUUUUUUAAUAUAAUUGAAUACCAUGACACCCUUAUUUUAACAUUUUAUGAAUUUCAUAUUUAAGUUUAAUCAAAUACCAUUAAAUGACUUAUUAAUAUGAUAUGGAUAAUACUCAUACAAUAGGUUCAAUUGCUCUUUGUGGUCAUUUGCAGAUAGUCACCAAGUGACCAGAUUUUUUCAUAAUUUAAAUAGUAAACAUAGUACAUAUACAACUCUAUUAAAAUGUAUCUGUUUAAAAAUAUUUUGUUAUUAUUUGUAACACAGAAUAAAUAAAUGUUGGUAGUUUAUAAGGGCAUUCACUAAAUAAAAAUACACAUACGACCUGAUUACAGGAUACGGUCAAAUAUUUUGACACUGUGUAUUAUUUUCGUUAAUCAUUGAAAAAUGCAGGGGUGCGACUGUUCACACUGCUACUAUCCAAAUGACAUCCUCGAUUUUCAUUUUUUGAAUAACCAUUACUUUUUUAAAAAUACAUUGACAUGGACGCCGAUGAUUGACGUCCAGUCAUCGUGAGUGUACUGGAAAUAAUACUUUAAAAGAGCGAUACGAUAUAGGAUUAUAUUACAUGACCCAAGGCAUUCAAAUUUACCACAAAGCCACUACACAUUCGUGUUUCAUAUGUCUAUGCACUUUCGUUUAAAUUUAAAUAUGGUAUGCGUCUAAGAGAAAUGCGGUACGGUGUCAAGAGGCUUUAUGAAGGUAAAUUCCUAAAUUAUUUCCGGAUUUAAAAAACCGUUAAAAAAUAAUCUUUUUUUUUUUGUUAUAAUAUUUAGCAAUUUAAAUAUUUUUUAGCAGCUUUAAGACUUAAAUUGAAAGUUUUCCCAAACUUAAAUCAAGGGAGGGUCCAAAAAGAUGGAUCCUUCUGAACCCAACCAAACACUAUGGUUUAGUGAUUUAAACGUUAAGAAAUGGUAAAUAUUUUUUUUCAUUAUUAUUUUUCAAUUUUAAAUUUUUAUCAGAUCGAAUAUCAUCAAUUAAUACUAUUAGAAAUAGAAUUUUUCAUUCUUAAUUAUUUUUUUAUCAAAAAAAUUGAAAUAGAAAAACUACAUCAUAGUGGCUAUAGUCCGGGCAAUCAAAGCUAACCAUCAAUUUUUAAAAUAAUUUCUUUAAAAUUUGUCACCCUUCAAAAUUCAGUUAUUCAAUGAUUUUUGACACACUUUAAUAUGAAUCAAAAUAUAGCCUAAGACAUCAACUACAAAUUAGUUCUUCAUAGCUUUCAAAAUAAGAUCUUAUAUAAUGUACUAAAUUUAAUGCUUAAAAUCAUAUAACAUUAUGUACUAAAGUUUGGACCUUAUCUGUAAUUUGUUUUUUAAAUAGAACUAUUCUUGAUUUUUAUUACAACAUUAUUAAUUCAAACUACAUAAUAAAAUAAAACUUAAAAACCAAAAUGAUUGAUUAAUUUAAUUAAAAUAGAUUAAGAUAUUUUAACUAAAUGACUUUUAGUGUAAUUUUUCAUGAUAACACAGUGGUAUUAUUCAUAAAAAAUUAAUAAAUAAUAAAACUGAUACACUUACAAUAAUCAAAUACUAUUGAUACAAAGAUUGCGCUAUUAACAAACACGAGUUCAUUAUAUUAACAGAUUUAUUAAUAUAAUAAUUUAUUACGUUAACUCAACAAUUUUUAUUUAUUAUUACGUAACAAUAGUUCGUUGUUUCGGUGAACAAAAUCAUUAGUAUAAGAAAGAUUUUUAAUGAAAUAAUAUUAUUCAUUGAAUCAAUGAAAAAAGUAAAAUAAGCCAAUGAAUUUGGUUGUUAUUGGUUAAUAAAUGCCGUUCAUUUAAAUUGCAAACAGUUUUAUUUUAGUUUAUAGAUCAUAUUAUAGGUUUAAAUCUUAUAAAUCCACCCCUCGCUUACCCAACUAAGUAUUCUUUUGAUCGAGCACAAAAAAAAGUAUGUGUUCUACAAAAAUCUUAAGGUAGGGAGUAUUCAUUGGAAGUAGAAACUCCUCAAAUCCGCUCCACUAAAUUUUUUACUAGAAAUCUUACUUUUAGAUGGUCUUUGAACAAAAAAAAAAAAAGCCAUCCAAAACAAUAUUUAUCAUAAAUUUACAAAAUAAAUUUUUUUAGUCCUCCCCGAAAAAUACGCGACUGUCUUAGUAUUGUAGGAUAAAACUAAAAUUGAUUUUUAAGAACUACCCUUAUAUGCACUUUAAGAACUUUUGAAAAGCUUGAAGAUUAAUGUUAAUUUAUGAUUGUGAAUUAUUAUAAGAUGGUAGCAUUUUGGAAUUAAAUAUUUAUCGUAAGAAAAUCCCGUUUUCCUAUCCUAUUCAUAUCCUAAAAUAUUAGCACUAAAAAUUUACAACCUUAUAAAAUAUAAAUACCAAAAAAAAAACUGUAAGUUUACUAGUUAAAAAAAAAAUUAGCCAAUCAAAUUGUGGUCAAUUACACAAGUCAAAUUAAUAAAUGAUACUCAAUGAAAAUUAAAAAAGUAAUACGACCAGUUAAGAUUUAAUUAUAUAUUGAUUAUUUAUUUGAAUCAACCGUAUAAAGUUAUUAUAUAAGACACUACCAAUUUUAAACAUAAGCAUUUAUAUUUUUUAAUUUUAAGAUAAUCGUUAGCAAUGCUUUAUAUAUUUAUGUAUUAUAAUGAAGUUUAUAAUUAUAUUUUUAAAUUAUUUAAUAAAAUAUAUAAUUUUAGAUAAUUUGUUCUAGUAUUGAAGUUUUUUCUUAUAACAAAAUAUGUUUAAUUCCAUGUUUCAAAAGUAGAGUUACCUUUAUUUUCCAGCAAACUGUUUAAUUGUACCUAGACUAUUUAAGUAAAACUGUGUUGUAGAAUUUUG